GUUUAUUUAAGCUUAUUCUAGAUAUUGAAUUUUGUACAAGGGACAAUUUUUAAAAAAUGACAAAGUAGCUGUGCAAAAAGCAUACUGCUAAAGGACUGCCAUGUUGGCUGAUUGUAUAUAAUGUACAUUUGUAUUGUAUUGGAGAAGACUGGUGAAAGUUGUAUCAUUGUGGUGAAAGUGCAGAACCAGCAAACACCUUGAGAAUGCGUUGUUUUUGCACAGAAUGUUGGAAAUACUUAGUUUGGGAUACAAAUUAGGAUUUUGUUGAAUUAUGUAUUAAGUUUUCAAUUGAUUUUUUCAUGCCUUUUAAGCAAAGUUAAAGAAUCGAGUUGUACAUCUUGGGAUACUAAAUGUGUUCUCCUGUCCUUGUGACAUGAAUUAAUCACAUGGAUAACCUGGUAGCAGCAGCAGCAUCACCUGCAUGAUAUGUAAGACAGAAUAGACUGUAGGACUCUACUGGGCAUGCCCAACAAUACAAUUACAACACUUAGAGUGAAUUCCUUUAGAUUAUGGCCAGUAUCAGUACAACAACUCUGUUAGAAUGGCUUCAACUUCAGUCACAAUGUAUUUCUGUGUUGACACUAUUGCAAACCCUUGUAUAUGGAAUUAUAGUCUCAACCUGUACAGAAAUCCCAAGGUCUGCACAACACUUGUGAACUCCAUCAGGGUUUCAAUGACUCCAAUUGUAACAAAGAUGAGAGGAGAAGAAGUUGAAACAUUGUCUUGACAACUGAACAUUUCAUGAUUAUUUUUUAUUUUGUGACAAAGAUUGCAAGUGAAGAAAUGACAGCUUGGAUCAGAUGAGUAAAGUUAUCUAAACUCAAUAAUACAUUAGCCGAAUGUAGAACAAAAUCAGCCUGAAUAUCUAGCAUAAUAGGUUCAGACAUGCAGCAUACAAAUCUCUUGUUUGAUCACUGCUCCAAAUGAAUAUAUACUUACAUAAGAUUUGAGACUGCUGUUAUACGCUUCUACUGAGUUGCAGUAAGGCACCUCUGUUAGUUGAAGAACCACUUCAGCCAAGCCUUCUAAUUGUGACAGUGUAACAAGUUUCUCUGACUCAUGUCAACAUGUCUUGUAAGUUUGUAUGUUAAAAUGCUUUGUAAAUUGAGCUGCCAAUGUAAAAAGCUCUUGUGAACUGUAUUUUUUUAUAUUAUACAUCACUACUGUUUCAGUUGUUUUUAUUGUUCUGUACAUAAAAGCACUUUAUUUACUUUUUUUUUUAAUAAAGAUAAAUGGAUACAAUUAGUUUCCUAUAUGGUUCAUGAACUCUAUAGUUGUAAUGCCACAUGAAAUUAGAGAAUAACCUCAAUUUAGACAGGAUCCAGGACACAAGUUGCGCUUGUCACAUUGCUGCACUUGAUUAUGAGGCAAUACACCAAUCAAACAAAUGUUGAAAAUCUGUCUUUAUCAUAAAGGUUCAGUCAUUGCUAAAUGGAUCCAAAUACUGUAUUGGUGUAAGAAGUAGUUCCAGACUUGCCUGAUUCUGCUCUUACACUGCCACUGUGUGGCCACAAUAUUAUCAACAACUUUCAGAAGAUUUAUUGUAAUGUAAAAAGGGAUUUCUGUCAUUACAGUAAGGAAUGUUGUUAUUGGUAUGUUCUUUAAAAGCAGUAUAUGUGAGCCAUUUUUAUCCCCUCUGUUCUUUGAUUAGUAAAAUGUUAACAGUGACUGUGUCUUCUGUCAACACAUUAGUCACAUUAAGGUGGAGCACAGCGUUUGCUGACGCAUUCCACCAGACUCAAAUAAAAACAUGCAAAGAACAGCGCGGAAAGUUCCUGUUGAACUUGUUCAGUCUUUUUUUAUGGGGGCUUAAUUCUUGCAUUAUCAUGUAAAACAAAUAAGCUAAUAGUGUAGUUCUGUGUUUUUUUAGUAGUGGUGUUUCUGUCACAGUAGUAAAAAUAAGUAUGGCUAGGGAUAUCACAUGGUAGGGUGGAGUUAAUUACUGAGUAUGCCUACAGUGUAACAAUGGCAGGCAGGCAGGCAAGUAUUCUUGAUAAAGAGUGCAGUCCACACCUGAAAGGAAAAUAGUCUACUUUGGUGUCAUAGGUAGAAUCCUUGCCACAUCCUAGCAAUGAAUAUACAAUUAUUCUCCACCCCUGUGCAAAUACAUCAUAUACUAUUUUAAAAUAUUGUUGAGAUACAUUUCAUUUAAAUAUUUUAUUAUGAGUGUUUUAUACAUGUAAAUUGUGUAUUUUGUUUAAACUUUAUUUGUGAUACCUACAUCCACUCAAUAAAAAAUAAAGUAUGUGAGUUGCAUGACAACGUGUACAAACACUGACAUUUUUAACAACAGUUAAAAAAAAAAUAUAGCCAAGUACAGGUGACGCACAUUCUCAGUCUGAUGUCUUGGCCCCAGCGCUGUCACGCCCAUUUCAGGCAGGCUAAGCCAAUCAGUGGCUUUUUGAUUGUACAGCAAGUCUCCCGGUGAAUAUAGUUAUCAUUCGCGUGGGAAAAGUAUUACUGCCUUCAUCACUUCAUACUGACGGGCUAAAAUUCUGAUCACUGGUGCGGGAUAAGGUUACACAAAUAAAGGUGGGGAUAAAAUGGUCACGUAUUGCACCUGUUGCUAGCCUAUCUUUUUUAUUUUACACAAGGGUUUAUUUCCCAAGGCGGACUUCAUGUAACUUUUAAACUCGAAAUACGAAGUCAUGGACAAACCCAGCCUCCAGAGACUGUUUUCAGCGUGUGACAUUAAUAAAUCUGGUGUGAUUGAAUACGAAGACUUUACAGUUGUUUGUCGAGAGCUGAAUGUACCUGAAGACGAAAUCAAAACUUUAUUCAACAAAUUCGGCGCUAGUGAAGAUGGAUGUAUUAAUUACAGCAAUUUUUCAUCACGGUUUCAAGAGGUUUCAGAAACAUUGGAUUUGGCCUCUUUUGGAGCGUCUCCUCAAAGUCAAGGGAGUCCCUGGGAAGAGUUCCAGAGCAGGAUGGACGAUGCAACCGGUCUCCUCUCAGGAAGACUGCGGGAUCAGUUGGCUGAACUUCACCAAGCCAUGUACAUCUCAGAACCUUUGUUGUUGCAACAAUAUGAGGGACUUGUCGAUGCUCUUGUCAGUGAAAGCAAGGACCACAGGCUUGAGAGUGAGCAGCUGGAAACCAGUUUGAGAAGAACAGAGGAGCUGAACACCAGUCAGUUGACAGAGCUGGAGGAGGACAUGCAGCAGCAGUUUGCCUGUGUAGAGGUCAGGGUGAGAGAAGAGGAGCAUAAGAGAAUGGAGGGAGUCAUGGCGGCACUCCAGAGAAGGCAUGAGAAUGAGGUGGCAGACCUGCAUACUGUAAUGGACAGGUUGUUAAAGUCCCAAGGGGAAUCUGAACUCAACAGUUCCAGGCAGGAUGUUGACAAACUACAGAACCAAAUAAGUGAACUGACUCAGGAAAAGGAGCAGUUACGGACUUCUCUCUUCAAAGCGCAGACAAACGUCUCCAUUCUGCAGGUAGAGAUGGACAAGCUGAAGAACAUGUAUGCAGACCAGAAACUUCAGCAUGAGAGAGAAAGUGAUGAACUGAAAAAGAUGGUUAUUGAAUACCAGUCUUACUCCAGUCACAUUGAAAUUCUCCAGGCCAUGAACAAAAAGCUGUAUGACAGCAAUGAUGGCUUGCGCUCUGCCUUAGUCAACGAUGUGGCAUCAAGUAAAAGGAGGCUAUCCCCCAACAAUGAAAUCCCAGCUCGAAGAAUGAAGCCAGUUCGACAAAGCACGCUUAUAAAUUCAGAGGGAGCGCACACAACUGUAGGAUCCAGUAAAACGACCAACUCCCAUGUAGCCAGCUGGGCUGAUACAUACCCAGACAGUGGUGUGUCCCUGCCUAUGGACACUACUGAAAGCUCAGGCAGCGAGUCUGACAGUGAUGACUCUACAGAAACAGUACACCACAGUUAUUCAUUUGUGCCCUCAGACAUUGAGAUAUCAGAUGUGAAAUUGGAAGCAAGUCAGGCAAUACUGUCUGUAGCUCCCAGCAAAGCUAGUUCCAUUGCGUCAUCCAUCCGGAGACGCUUGUCUGCUUUCCCAAUGAAGCAAACAGAAGCAGACCUUGUUGACACUGGUGGCCCUGAGUGCCCUGGUCCCAUGUACCGGUUAGUUUUGGCGGGAGAUGCAGGAUCAGGGAAGUCCAGCUUUCUAUUGCGGUUGAGUCUCAAUGAGUUCAGGGGAGAUAUUCAGACGACGUUGGGAGUUGAUUUCCAAAUCAAGAAGAUGUUGGUGGAUGGAGAAAAAACAAACCUCCAGAUAUGGGAUACUGCUGGACAAGAGAGGUUCCGCAGUAUUGCCAGGUCUUAUUUCCGUAAAGCCCAUGGAGUCUUACUGCUGUAUGAUGUCACUUCUGAAAGCAGCUUCCUUAAUGUCAGAGAGUGGAUGGACCAGAUUCAGGAAUCCACAGAUGAGCAACUCCCAAUGUGUGUGAUUGGGAAUAAAGUGGACCUGCGGGAAGAUCGACCAGAGGGAAGCUGUGUCAGCACUGUUGAUGGGGAAAGGCUGGCAAGGACAUACAAUGCCCUGUUCUGUGAAACUAGUGCUAAAGAGGGAACCAAUAUAGUGGAGGCAGUACUUCAUCUGGCAAGAGAAGUUAAGAAAAAUGUGAAACUGAGGCGGCAAUCAGAGUCACAGGUGAAGUUGAGUUUAAGCAGUUCAAAGAAAGCUCUGACCAACUGCUGCAGAGUAUAACCAUGGAGGCCCAUCACUUCACCCUAUGGAAUGCAUCUAACUGGAGACAAUUAACACCACAGCUUUUGUCAUUGAGAACUUGUCAUGCAGAGCUGUUUUGUGUAACAAAUCUCCUGAGAUUACUGUAGAUAUGUCUAAAUCAUAUUUUAAAUUUAAUCAAAGUAAUGGCACAUAACUGACCUGGAGCAUGUAGAUCUCCAGAGAUGUUUAAUGAAUGUAUUUGAAUGGGACGUGUACGGCUCCUAAAUAGUUUGCAUGUAUCCGUUGUACACAUCAGGAAUUUACUGUAUUCAGAAAGGCUCAGUUGAAACUACAAUGCUAAUGAUGUGGUUAGAAACAAGUACAUUUUACAAUGGGGUGCUUUCAGUAUUUAUGUCAGCUGAUUUUAUUUGUUUUAAUUGAAUAAACUUUCUGUACAGAG